GGUACGAACCAUAGACAAGAUGGCCACAGACUGUCAAUAAAUCUUCCGCGGUUCUCUGAUGAGAUUAAUACUUUAAGAUUCAGUCACGAUGGGCCUAUCGCAAAGUUCAGGUGGACUGGAAGGAGGAACGUAUGGAUAUCAUGUGCACGGAGUGCAGGAGAAUUCACCCGCCGAAAAGGCUGGAUUGGAGCCAUUUUUUGACUUCAUUCUCUCUCUUGAUAACAACAGACUUAACCAGGAGAAUGACCUGCUCAAGGAACUGCUGAAAGCCAACAUGGAGAAAGCAGUGAAAAUGGAGGUGUACAGCACCAAAACCAUGAAGGUCCGUGAGCUGGAGGUGGUGCCUAGUUACAUGUGGGGAGGACAGGGCCUUCUAGGUGCCAGUGUCCGCUUCUGCAGUCACCAAGGUGCCAAUGAGAACGUCUGGCACGUCCUGGAUGUAGAUGUCAAUUCACCUGCUGCUCUGGCAGGGCUUCGACCUCACAGUGACUUCAUUGUGGGUGCAGAUCAGGUGCUGCAAGAUUCAGAAGACUUCUUUACCCUCAUUGAAGCCCAUGAAGGGAAAGCCCUGAAGCUAUUGGUGUACAACACAGAAACCGAUGCUUGCCGAGAGGUGGUGGUCACACCAAACGGAGCCUGGGGGGGUGAGGGCAGUUUGGGUUGCGGCAUUGGCUAUGGCUACCUGCAUCGAAUUCCAGCUUCUCCUGAUGUAUCCAUCGCAACCCCUCCACCAUCUGCUCCUGAAGAAAGCCCUUCCUCAACAACGCCUACCCAUGGAUUCACAGAGGUGUCUCUGAUGGCUGCUUCAGGCCAGAGGGAGGAUCUUGUUGACCCUGAGCAGGUCACCCUACAGGAUGCCCAACUACCUCUGCCCAUUCAGAGUGUCAUUGACCCUGGUUUCUCUGAAUCUGAGGAGGCCAUUUUAAAUACUGACCCUUCAGACUUGGUGGACAGGUUGGACCUGUCCAUGUCAUCCAUUGACAUGACCAACACCUCACUGGCCAUGCAUGAGGAGAAGGACAUUGAAAUAACAGGUGUAGAGGAGCUAGAGACUAGUGAUUUGGCCACUAUGUCAGUUGACAGCCUGACUGAGAUGGAGCCGCAAGAGCUCAGCUUCUUGUCCACCGUGGACCCAGCUUCAGCUUUCACCUCCACUGACACUGUAUCGGAUUCCUUAGUCCCACCUGACGAAUCUUCUUACUUGAUCCCAGAAUCCACAGAUCCACCCUGCAGUUCUGCUGAGUCUGGUGAAGCCCAAGGUAUGGCCAUGGAUGAAUUCUCUCCUCCCUUGGUGUCCCUGGAGCCUCCUGUUGAUCCCCCAGUAUCAGCCCCCAGCUCCCCCUCCCCACCUCCUGCUGAUCUCAUCCCACCUCAGGCUGCUGGCGAGUCCCCAGCGGAUGACUCUCUUCAACAUGCAUUGGGGGAUACAAUGGAGCCUGACGUCAUCAGCUUGGUGGAGCAGUCUUCAGAUCCUGAGCCUGCGGACCCCACUCAACAAUGCGGCCAAAAGGAUGAGGCGCAGGAGCCUGACGAGAUGACUGGCGUGUGCGGUGGCACCUGGAAGUAACCAUUUCCUUUCUGGACCCUGUUUUCCUGCUCACCAUUCACUGCAGGCAAGAGAGUUCAAUCAUCA